GGCAGUUGGCACCUGCCUUGUCCGCUGGGACGGAUCCACCAAACAACCAAUCUAGACCUUGUUGGGAGGUGGUUAGGAGGUUGAAUCGUUCUUCAUUCUCAUUCUUGCAUUAUUCAAUAUGGUUUUGCUUACCGUGACCCCGGCUAUCGUGGAAGGGCUGCAGACACUGAAGGGAGCCGUCCCACUUGAGACAUGGAGACAGAGACUCCAAUCGCAGCAAGAUGAGCCUUUGCUCGACGGUGUCACUGUUGGCAGUCCCGUCUCGCAUUCCCAAGUUGUGGACCUUUGGAGAGCGCUACAGGAUGCCAGCCACGGGGAAUACACACUGGAGAAGCUCUUGAAAGGCUCCAAGACUUAUGUGCCACCGCCGACCCCCAAACGUGAGCCAUCGGCUGAAUAUAAGGCUCUCAUGGCCCGUCUCCGCCGUGACCAGGAGCAGCUGGAGUAUGAACGCAUGGCGAACCCGUUGCCGCCGAUGGAGACCUUUUCGCAACGCUUCCCGAACAGCGCAAGCAUGGCCCAGGCGUUCGCUGCGGUCAAUCGCCCGACUCGAGAGGAGGACAUCGGCGACGAUGACAUCACGUUCACUGAUGUGCACCGCCAACUUAUGCUGAUUCUGAACUUCCUGGCCAGCAUACUCGGUGUUGCCGCCACUCUCUGGAUCCUGGCCAGGUGGUGGAGCACGCCGGCCAGGCUGUUUCUUACCAUGGGAGGGAGCAUUCUUGUAGGCAUCGCCGAGGUCGCUGUGUAUUCAGGAUACGUGUGGCAUCUUGGUCAGGCCAAGAAGCAAGACAAAACCCUGAGAGAGGUCAAAGAGAUCAUGCAGACAUGGACUGUGGGCGCCUUGGAUUCGAAGAGUCCGGUCGAUAAAAUGCCCAGGGCAGAGGAUGAAGGUCUUCGGAGGCGGCACAAGGAAUUUAGUCCAAAACAGUAAGAAGGGAUCUGGCCUUGUUGUCAGACUGGCGAUCGUUAGCAAUCAACUAUCAACAUGGGAUGAGUUUCAAUCCCGCUCAGAUAUGGACC